CAGAAAAACAGUGUCUCUCACUGGCAGGGGGAUUGCUCUCAGCCUGCAGACCGAGCGGCUUUAGCAUCAGCCUGUCUCAGAGUGGCAGACGCUGAGUCUGUGGAAGUGGGGUUGCCUGGUAAUUUCUGCAGCUUAUGUGCUCGGGGAACUUUGAAACGCUCCCGUUCAAUUACAGCGGCUUUCCCCGUCACGUGAUCGAGUCGGAGCGUCCGUAGCCAUGAGCAACCCCUUCGCGCACAUCGUGGAGGCCCUGGACCCACAGAAACCUGAGCACAAGUUCUACAACCUGUCCAAACUCCAGGAUGCCAGAUACACCCGGCUGCCCUUCUCCAUCCGGGUGCUGCUGGAGGCGGCGGUGAGGAACUGCGACGAGUUCCUGGUGAAGCGGGCGGACGUGGAGCGCAUCCUGAGCUGGGCGGAGGCUCAGAGCCAGAGCGUGGAGGUGCCCUUCAGGCCCGCCCGGGUCAUCCUGCAGGACUUCACCGGGGUGCCGGCGGUGGUGGACUUCGCCGCCAUGCGCGACGCCGUGAAGACGCUCGGGGGGGACCCCGAGAACAUCAACCCCGUGUGUCCCGCAGACCUCGUCAUAGACCACUCCAUCCAGGUGGACUUCAACAGAAAGUCUGAUAGUCUGCAGAAGAACCAGGAUUUGGAGUUUGAUAGAAACAGGGAACGCUUUGAGUUUCUAAAGUGGGGCUCCAAAGCCUUCAGGAACAUGCGGAUCAUCCCCCCGGGCUCCGGCAUCGUGCACCAGGUCAACCUGGAGUACCUGGCCAGGGUGGUCUUUGACCAGGACGGGUUCUACUACCCCGACAGCCUGGUCGGCACGGACUCCCACACCACCAUGAUCGACGGCCUGGGCGUGCUGGGCUGGGGAGUGGGUGGUAUUGAGGCGGAAGCUGUGAUGCUGGGCCAGCCUAUCAGCAUGGUGCUGCCUGAGGUCAUUGGCUACAGGGUGCUGGGCUCUCCAAACAAGCUCAUAACCUCCACAGACAUUGUGCUCACCAUUACCAAGCACCUUCGCCAGGUGGGCGUGGUGGGGAAGUUUGUUGAGUUCUUCGGGCCGGGCGUGGCCCAGCUGUCCAUCGCUGACAGGGCCACCAUCUCCAACAUGUGCCCCGAAUACGGCGCCACAGCCGCCUUCUUCCCCGUGGACUACAUCAGCAUCAAGUACCUGGAGCAGACGGGAAGAGAUCCGGAGAAGCUACAGUACAUCUCUCAGUACCUGAAAGCAGUGAGCAUGUUCAGAGACUACAGUGAUGCUUCACAAGAUCCUGAAUUCACGCAGGUGGUGGAGUUAGACCUGGGCACAGUUGAGCCUUGCUGCAGCGGGCCCAAGAGACCUCAGGACAAGGUGUCCAUGUGCGACAUGAGGAAGGACUUCGAAGCAUGUCUCGGGGCUAAGCAAGGGUUUAAGGGCUUCCAGGUGGCCCCCGCGCACCACAACGCCUCGGUCUCGUUCAAGCACGGCGGCGCGCAGUACUCGCUCUCCCACGGUUCUGUGGUCAUCGCCGCCAUCACGAGCUGCACCAACACCAGCAACCCUUCCGUCAUGCUGGGGGCCGGGCUCCUGGCGAAGAAGGCCGUGGAGGCGGGGCUGAGCGUGAAGCCGUACAUUAAGACCAGCCUAUCGCCCGGCAGCGGGGUGGUCACAUACUACCUGAAGGAGAGUGGGGUCAUGUCCUACCUGUCCCAGCUGGGGUUUGAGGUGGUGGGGUAUGGCUGCAUGACCUGCAUAGGGAACAGCGGUCCUCUUCCAGAGUCUGUGGUGGAGGCUAUUACUCAGGGAGAUCUGGUGGCCGUUGGGAUCCUGUCCGGAAACAGGAACUUCGAGGGCCGCGUCCACCCCAACACCCGCGCUAACUACCUGGCCUCGCCGCCGCUGGUCAUCGCCUACGCCAUCGCCGGAACCAUCCGGAUAGACUUCGAGAAGGAGCCUCUGGGUGUGAACGCUAAGGGGAAGGAGAUCUUCUUGUCGGACGUCUGGCCCACGCGUGAGGAGAUUCAGGCUGUGGAGAGGCAGUAUGUGAUUCCCGCCAUGUUCAAGGAGGUCUACGAGAAGAUAGAUAAAGUGAAUGAGCGAUGGAACAACCUGAAGGCUCCCUCUGACAAACUGUAUACCUGGGAUCCCAAGUCCACCUACAUCAAGUCUCCGCCCUUCUUCGACGGCCUGACCAAGGAGCUGAAGCCACCCAAGUCCAUAACGGACGCGUAUGUGCUGCUCAACUUCGGGGACUCUGUGACCACGGACCACAUCUCCCCUGCAGGGAACAUCGCGCGAAACAGCCCUGCAGCGCGCUACCUGACCAGCAGGGGCCUGAACCCGCGAGAUUUUAACUCCUACGGAUCUCGCCGUGGCAACGACGCGGUAAUGGCCCGGGGAACCUUCGCCAACAUCCGGCUCUUCAACAAGUUCCUGAACAAGCAGGCGCCGCGCACGCUACACCUGCCCUCCAAUGAGACGCUGGACGUGUUCGACGCUGCGGAGCGCUACCAGCAGGCCGGCGUUCCGCUGCUGAUCCUGGCGGGGAAGGAGUACGGGUCGGGCAGCUCCAGGGACUGGGCGGCCAAGGGCCCCUUCCUGCUGGGCAUCAAGGCGGUGCUGGCGGAGAGCUACGAGCGGAUCCACCGCAGUAACCUGGUUGGCAUGGGGAUCGUCCCGCUGGAGUACCUCCCCGGACAAACCGCCGAGUCCCUGGGGCUCACGGGCCGCGAGCGCUACAACAUCGUCAUGCCCGAGCCGCUCACCCCCAGGAUGAUCAUCGACAUUAAGCUGGACACGGGGAAGAGCUUCCAGGCCCGGAUGAGGUUCGACACGGACGUGGAGCUCACCUACUUCCACCAUGGCGGCAUCCUCAACUACAUGAUCCGAAAGAUGAGCGACAAGUAGAGGGGGAGAGUCCGCAGACAGAGCAAAAACGGCGGACUGUGGACGCAGCACCAUUCCAGAGAGAGAGAGAAGGGAGAGAGUGGGAGAGAGAGAGGGGGAAAGAUGGAGAGAGAGAGUGAGAGAGAGAGAGAGAGUGGGAGAGGGAGGGAGAGAGAGAGGGAGAGAGAGGGAGAGAGAAGGAGAGAGAGAGAAAGGGAGGGGGAGAGAAAAAACAUUCUCAAGGAUGAGCUGGCACUUUAAAGCAUGUCUCUUCUGUUUUGGUCUUUUUUUUUUUGUAGGAAAUAUCAGAGUUCUGUUAACACAUGUCGCCCUGCACCAUCAUGUUAGUAACCUAGGUAUCACAGUCUGGCUUCAAAUCCUACCUCAUGCUUUGCCAAGUUCCCCAGCAGAAAUAAUGUAGUUUGAGUGUCUACUGCAGUGUGCCCUGUUUGUCAGUCUCGUUUACUUUUUUGUUUCUUGUAGGGAUCCUGCCAUAAAUUUGUGUUUCUUCCCCCACGUAGUGUCUCUCUGAUGUGGAUGGCACAUAGAACAGUAAUGGGUGAGCCUACACUAAUGGACAGCAACAGUGGGACAGAGCAGUGUUGUGUGACUCCCACUGGAAGUUGGUGGACAGUUUGGAUUGCCAUAGUAGCCUCUGUCACACUGCCACUGGGUCACAGGCCAGUUCAAAUACAAGAGAUGCACAGAAAAGGCUGGGAAGUGGGCAGACAUCCAGUUAGCCAAUAGCUAUAGGAGCCGGUUGCAUAAAUGAUGGAAGAUGGAAAAUGUGUACCAUCUGUAGAUGGAUGCAUACACGCAUGCUGUUAUUUUUACAGAUUCAAAGUACUGUAUGCAUAUGUUGUUUAAUGUAGGCAUUCACAUACAGGAAGCAAUGUUUACCUUGAAUGUUUAUGGCUCUGUAUACAGAUUCAUGCAUUUUAGGACAAUGGGUUGGGGGGGACUAUUUUUCGAAGUGCCUACAUUUUUGCAGCCAAUGAUGUGGACACCAAAGGCUUGUUUUUUUUAAAGACUUGGCAAAUUUGUCAGCCGUGGAAUUGUGGCCUCCUGCACUUUGCAUUCGCGUUUCCAUUUCCCCCGCAGCCCAGAGCGGCCUGGUGCUGUGUACUGAGACUGAGACCAGACUGUGGAUCCACACACAUGCGCAAAGGGUGCUAAUAUAUCUGCUCCACGCUGGUCCAUGACGUUCAGGAAGCGUUCCCAUACAGAGCUCAUCAAGAGCUCAUUCUGCCCUUGCGUACUCUGCAGUGAACUCUGCUGUAACCUUGACAUUCUGCCAUAGAACUGCUGCUCUCCCUGUUACCCCUACCGAUCAUGCAAUUAAAAUACCCUCCCGUACUGCGGUGGCGCUACGGUUCUAACCUGAAGCCAGAAUAAAAGUCUUUUUUUUCCCUUGUCAA